AUGAGCUCAAACAACACCGUUUUUAUGAUGCCAUGUGGGACUGUGUACAACCUCACCGUUAAUAGUACCACACCCGUGCUGGAAGGAUGGUACUGCGGUCACUCUGCCUAUGAUAAUAGUGAGCCUGCUAGGUAUUCGUAUACCGGUAUGCUUAUGAAUUUCAGCAGUAUUGAGUGUGGAGAUGGCAGUAUGUUUGACUUGGAGAGCGGAGCAACAAUCCUGGAUGCCUACCUGUGUGCGCUUCGCCAUAAUGACACAUGCUUAGCUGCAACCAAUUCGGGUUCGUCAAGGAAAUACUCUGGAUGGAAAUAUCUGCUGUUUUCUAUAUGUGUUUUGCCUCUUGCAGCAGUGCUUUAA